UGUGAUGUGAACCAGAGACCAAAGUCCAGGUGCAAGUGGGCAGGGGAGAACGAUAUUUACUGGACUCCCAAUCUGAACUCUACAAUCAUGUUUGCACUCAGGUGGAAGAAGAUUUGGGAAUAACAUUUCUUCGCUAUAUUUCUUAAUUAUAAGGAAGCAUUCUUAUUUUUAGACAGUUCAAGUAGAGUUUCAUUUGAGAAUCCUGAAAGAAGUUUCUAAAUCUUCUAACUGGCUAAAACAACAAGCUUAGCCUAUUUGUCAAAUAGUGAAGGAUGAAGUGGAGAUGCUGCCUGCUGGCAGUGGCUACAGUGCUGCUCCUCUGUGCAGCUAGAGCUGACAUGGAAAACCUCCAAGCUGAGAAUCUUAAUCUUCUUCCCAUAGAUGAACACCACAAGGUCUUGAACCGUGGGAUGAAAGUGUUGCCCAGAGACUGCUAUGAAAUGCUCAUGGCAUCUUCAGGAACAGCCAGAGAUGGGGUGUACCUGAUCAAACCACAUGACUCCCCAGUUGUGGCCUAUUGUGCCAUGCAGGACGGAGGCUGGACCGUGGUUCAGCAUAUCACUGUCAACAGCAGUGUGGAUUUUGAUCGCACCUGGGAUGAGUACAAGAAUGGCUUUGGAGAUGUCACAGGAGAUCACUGGCUUGGGAACGAGUACAUCUAUGAGCUCACUCGAGGCCCUGCCCGCUAUAAACUGGGAGUGAAACUCGUAGACAGAGAUGCUGUCACCAAGACUGGAGAGUAUGACCCCUUUCAAGUCGAGGAUGAAUCAACAGGCUACAGGUUGAGGCUGGGGUUAUUCCAGGGCACAGCUGUGGAUGCUCUGACCCUAGACACAGAAAAUUACCUUCACGACAACCAGAAGUUUACGACUAAAGACAGAGACAAUGAUAACUAUUUCCAAAACUGUGCCAAGCUGGAGUUUCAAGGUGUGCCAGGAGGGGGUUGGUGGUAUGAUGCUUGUGCUGGUGCAAAUUUGAAUCGCAGGAAUGUUAUUUACUGGCAAAAGGACUGCAACAAGGAGAAACUGUGCAAGUAUGCAUGGAUGAUGGUGAGACCUUCAGAAACAGUUAAAGUGAUUCACAGUGGACACUGCAAGAAUGAUGAGCUCUAAAGACAUUCUCAGAAUUUGCAUCAAAUUUGAGUCUAUAAGUAACAACACAGAUAGUGACAAAUGUGCCUUUGUUGAUAAUAGGCACUGACAUGAAUAUUUAUUUCCUCACAUUUUAUUAAGAAAUACCGUUAACAACAACAAAAUACUGUAAGGAACCAGAAUAUUUUUCACAAACUUGAAGCACAAUAAAAAAACUAACAAAAAAAAACUUCUGUACAGUGUAAGCUUAACAUUUUUCUCCAGUUCACAUCCAUAUGUAUUGUCAGAGCAAAGGAUAACAGUAAUUUCCAAAAUUGUAGAAAAUUAAUUGUUUAAGAUAAUAGCUUAUACUUUAAGAAAAUAAACUCAGUUAAAAAAAAAAAAAUCCUCACAGCAUGUUACAGGUUGGCCAGAAAUGCAGGAAAUAUAUGAUUUAGCAGCAUUUUGAAUAAAAAGUUGUUUUUUGAUCCCAGUGAAAAACCUAAUCCUGAGGAUGACAGCAAUAAAAAUUGGUAUUCCCCAACCUUCCUCCUACUGUAAACAUUGACAAUAAAAGCAAGUCAUUUAGACUGAUCUACAAGUUUGUCUUAAAAAGCAUCCUCAGUAUGACAAGUGGGAUGUGAAACUAUUAAAGUCGAAUUUAUAUUUAAUUGUCUGACAAAACACGGAGAUAAGCAUGUAAAGGCUUGUAAUAAUCACCAAGCACAUAUUACAUAUGUUAAUGUUCAAACAAUAGAACAUGUAAAACAUUAGCCCUUUAAAAUUAAAUCUAGCUAGCAAUAGAAUAUUAAAAAGUUAUCAGAUUUUAGGUUGCCAAAUUGCGUCUAGCAGCUAAUAUGUAACAAAAUGCACAUCAUGCCUUGAUUAUGACUCUGUGAUUUUAUUUUUAAACUUAUUUACAAUGUCACAUUUACAGUUUCUCUCAAGUAUUUAAACGUCUCAAACUUUUUCACAAUUUGUCACAUUACAACCAAGAAAACAGUUUUUUUGUGGGAUUUUAUAUGACAAGAAGUGCACAUAAUAGUGUCUUGGAUUUGAUAAUGUUUGAUACCUGGUUCUU